AUGGAUGAGAAACGACUAGUGGAUCAUUUCGCGUUGAUUGGGGUCGGAAGCACUGGACCAAUCGAACUCGAUGAAUUACUUCAAACAUCGAUACCGAUCACUGAUGCGCAUUUGUCUGUCUCUUCGAGAUCAUAUGAUCUAACGCCACAACACCAACAACCCAUUGUGGACUUGGCCAUCAUCGAUCGUAUGCAUGGUGAAGAUCCACCAGCUGGUUACGAAGCAGUAUGGACUACUCCGAAUGACUUUUCUGCCAAUUUGAAUUAUAGUGGCUUACGAAAUCAUGAAAUGUAUCUAUGUAUUCGUCGUGGAAGGGACAAACCACCAAUCACAGAUAUUGGAAUUUUGUUUGAAGGAAAAGAAAAAGUUAUGGAGAAUGUUUCCGUGAUUGAAACAACACCACAUGGAUAUCCAGCAAAUAUAUUUAGUUCAGCGUUUAGUAAAGAACGAACGUUAAUUACUUAUCGACGAGCAGCUUCAACAAUUUUGUGUAACACAUUGGCUGUCACAGAUGUUUGUGUUAUUAUUGAAAGCCGAGGUGAAACUCCUCCACACUCGUUCAAUCGAAUUAACAAGAAUCUAAAUCGCUCAAUUCUUGGCUCAAACGUCUUUCUCUGCUAUAAAAAGUCGGUUAUAUAUCCUCCUCGUUUUCAAUAUCGUCCGCGUGUACUCUACACAUUUCCAUCAACCGACGACAGUUCAAAUCGAGUAUUUCCUGAGCAAACGUCUCUUUUCUGCUUUCCCAUGGGCGCAUUUAUCGAACGAUGGCCAGCCAAAGUAACUUUGCAAAGCGUUCCGCCAACUUAUUCAACCUUUCUCUUAUCGAAUACGAAACAAUAUGGUGCUUGUAUGUCCUUCUAUGAAUUAUUCACUGCUGGUGAUCGAUUACCAGCAGCAAAUAGUGAUUUGACUAAUCGUUUAGAAGUCGAGAAUGAUCAUUUGUACGUCUCGACAUGUAUCGUGCUUUUCUCUCGAUUUCCGUUUUUUGAUACAUUUCGACGAUUUCUAUUUACUAUUUAUCAACUCAUUGUUUCGUCAGGCAUGACAACAUCAACUCGUAAUCAACUAAUCGACGACAUACCAUUAAUUGAACAGUAUUUAAAGCAUUUCUUCUUCAAUAUACCAUUUCCAUCGCCAUCAAAACCGAGAAUUUUUGUACAAUACGAUGAACCAUUAUUGAUUGUUCUCUCCGAAGACAAUGGCCUGCCGCAAAAUGGCGCAUCCUUUGUCGACGUAUUGAAAAACUUAGGAACAGAUAAUACUUUAACUUUAUUUUUAUAUGCGCUAUUAGAAUCGAAAUUACUUCUACAUUCAUUAAGAUCGACAGUAUUGACUGGUGUAGUCGAAGCUGUGAAUAGUAUGCUCUUUCCAUUCCAAUGGCAAUGCCCGUAUAUACCACUAUGCCCAUUAGCUCUAAGCGAUGUCUUGAAUGCCCCAUGUCCGUUUGUUAUUGGCAUAGAUUCACGUUACUUCGAUUUCCGAGAACCACCUGCGGAUGUUGUCUGUGUUGAUCUCGAUACGAAUAUUAUUAUUGGAGGGUCCAAAGAACAAAAACAUUGGACAGUAAAGAUGUUUCCAGACAAGCCAUAUAAAAUUCUAAAACAAUCACUCGAAGAAAUCGAAUCGGAUGUGGUGAACACCUAUCAACAACGUUUACACGAUCUUCGUACACGUCUAAGACGAAAUCGAAAUGAUUUCGAAUUGCGCAUUCAAAUCAUUCAACUCGAACGUAGGAUGGAAACACGAAUACGAGAUGCAUUUCUCCGUUUCAUGUGUACAUGCUUUUGCGGUUAUCAAGACUAUCUAUGUCCGAUCGUUGGUCGACCUAAUCUAACGUCAACGGAUGCAUCUCAUCUAUUCAAUUUCGAGAAUUUCCUACAUUCACGUGAAACAUCCAGUUUUCUACAUUCGCGUGGCUCAUCAAGUGCCGAAUUCUUCUCGAACAUCCUACAUACUCAAAUGUUUAGUCGUUUUAUCGAAGAACGGUCGUUUCUAUCAUCGAGCACCUUGAAUCAAGCGACGCUAUUGAAUGAAAAUAUCCAUCACAAUUACAGUUUAGUCUUUUUUGACGAUUGCUGCGCCCGAAUACAAGCCAGUAUUAAAAACAACAAACAAAAGACCGUUUCAUUAGUUGAUACACAUGAUACAACAAUGAACUUUCUGAGUGAAAAGACGACAUUAAUCUUGCCAGACUUUGUGGAUAUGAAUCAUUCAGCAACAAAUGGAUGUACUGAACCCGAUAGUAAACAGAGUAAGAUGAUAAAUAAUGGAAAUAAAAUACAUUCUCAACAAGCAAAUAACUUGAAAAUACCUCAAGAACAUGCACAAACAUCGUCGAUGAAACAUGUUCCAAAUAGCCCAAUGGUGAAAAGAUCGAAACUGGAACGAGACAAAUGUCAGAAGAUUGCUCGGGAAGACAAAGAGAAACCUACUCAAUGGGCUUAUUGUUUACUAUCAAACGUUUAUUCCCUUUGGUUCAUGCACUUACCGAUGAUGAUCGAAUGCUAUACAAAUCCUCGAGAUAUACUAAACUAUGCUUACAAAAUUCUCGUACAAAUGAAUCGACAACAUUUAACCAAUCCUGAUGAGAUUUGUUUUCGUGUUAUCAUUCAAUUGUGCGGCCUCUAUAAUUAUCCGAUUCUUGCAGUCAAAACCUAUUCAUUCAUGAAAAGAACACACGUAGUAUGCAAUGCUGUCACUUAUGGUGCUUAUAAUAAAGCUGUCUAUGAAGGAACUUGGGAACGACGAGAUCGUUGGGCAACGUUACGUUCUGUCAUACGCGCUAUCUAUGCGUUUAAAACGGCUCAUCGUUAUCGGCAUAAACAGAAUGCACGUCGUUCAUCGAUCUCAUCUCUCGAGGAUGAUGAUAGCGAUGGUGCGAUGAGUGUUGAUUUCAGUGGUCCAGUGGCAAGCGCGUCUGCUCAACAGAAUAAAAUACUUGGCUCAACAGAUAAUUUAAAAGAUAAUCGUGGAUAUGGAACUAAUCAGGACGAUACAUUCACGAGCGUCUUGACAACAUUAGCUGGAACACUUAAAGAUUUCACAGAGAGUUCCUACUUUCCAAAGAUGUCUUUUAAGAAAAUUCCAUCAAUCGAUGGCUAUGCCGAUUAUAAACUAGGACGUAUUAUCAAUACAAAUAAUAACAACAAUAAUAAUGUUGUUGAAACGGCAGAAAAACGUUCGAUAUCCAACCUAUUUGAUAUGCCUGCAAAACUUGACUUCAGCACGCUUCAAUCAAUUGCUCAUCAAACAGCUCGAUGUGAUGCUGGAAUAUUGAUGACAGCCAGUGAUACAGAAAUAGGAGAUCUUGGCAUGUUGUCAUAUCGUUUACCAGUGGCACCGCGAUCUGCUCAAAUACACAAUCAGUGCCAACCACCUCGGCGUUCAUUUUCUUGCCUUGACAAUCAAGAAGAAUCAAGCAGUCCUAUUAAAUGGGAAUUAACAUCUCGAACGCAGGUUCUCGCUAAUGAUCCCUUGGGUUUAUUGAAUCCAACUUCUGCACCUCCUCCUCCUCCUCCUUCAACAACCCCAUUAGUUCUUAAUCGAACAUCUUCAAUGAUUAAUCGACCAUUUGCAAACUUACCUCCAACAAUUCCAACAUCAACUAAAUCUACUAUUCAAAAAGAAGAUGAAGUUCCUUCGUUGUUAAAUCUUCCAACAUCAAUCACACAAUUACGUGCGAAAUUCAAUCAAAGUGGCAUUUCUGCAUUUUACAGUCCGAAAAAAUUCCACACUAUCAAAUCAUAUGCAAUCGAUCGUUUAAAUGAUCUAUCCAUUACCGUCAAAACCACGACUACACCUUUAUCACAAUCGAAGAGUCUCUACGCAGUGAGAAAUUCAUCACUGAUUAAAGAACGAGGCCUAACCAAAGAUAGCAAUAACAAUAAUCGAUUGCGUGGAAGUAUGUCAUCUUUAAUUUCUCAACAAAGUUCCAAUAGUUCAUCGCUGAAUACAAAUAACAUCAACGGACUCGAUAUUAAUAAUAUACAUGACGACAUUAAAGCUCUACGUCUUGAUCCUUCGAGUGUAGCCAUCCCUGUGACUCCAACUGAUGAUCAUUCGAAAUCUCCCAUACGAAUCAUUGAAAUCAGUAGUUGUAAUCGAUGUUCAUCGUGCUCACGAUUUCUCUACGAUGAAGAAAUCAUGAAGGGAUGGUCGCCGGAUGAUUCGGAGCUGCACACAAUAUGCAUUCAUUGUAAGGAAAAGACUAUUCCUAAUUUAAUCAUCUGUAUUCGAGAGAAUACCUCAACGAAUAAAAGUUCAACGAAAGAUGAGUCGAUGCCAAUGACACCGACGAAUACUUCCGCUCAACAGUCAAUGAUCGAAAAAAUGAAACAAACACUUCGUCUUCAACUAUCGACGCCUCCAAUUACGGUACAUUAUUUAAGUCCACUCGUGCUUAGGAAAGAAUUAGAGAAUAUUAUUGAAAAUCUCGAUCCGGAAAAUAGUGAUCUUUUCAAGACUGAUUUCAAAGAUAAACAUCCAAUUCUAUUCUGGAAUUUGAUUUGGUUUUUCCGUCGUAUCCAUGUAUCCAGUCACUUAUUUCAAAUGCUUCUACGCUCGCUUUUGCAUCCAAGUGAAACUGACUCGAGAACAAGUUUACGACAAAACAAAUGUGUCCUGGGACAAGAAUUCAUCGAGGGAAUCUCUUCCAUACGCAUUCGCUGCAUGUGGGAUAGUAUCGUUAGUCAUAAUGACAUUUCCGAGCCCAUGUAUAAAACAUGGGAACAUGAUGGUUAUGAAGGAAUUCACACGCCUGUGGCCAAUGCACUGAUCACCGAUGAACAUAGUACUAUCACUGGAAAAGUCAUACGGUCGAUUGUGGAUUGUAUUGAGAAAAGUGAUCUAUCACACCCAGUUCAACUAUUCAUCAGAGAAUCAGCGAAACUAAUCCGACGACGUGUUCAUCGACGUUCGAUGUAUCGUGAGAUUCUUUUCUUGGCCAUUGUGGCACUUGGUCAAGAAAAACUCUCCGCUGAUGCGUUUGAUCGUGAAUAUACAAGUGUGUUUGAAAAACUGAACGAUAAACAACGUCAAUUUGUCCAUGAUUUCGACAGAUGUCCACCAUUGGCAGCUAUCAUGUGUCGUCGAUUAUUUUCUUCGUUAGAACUUUAA